AUGAAAGACACUACAGUUAAAUCUGAGGCACGAGCACCAGCUAGGGCUUAUGUUGUACAAGCUCGCGAAAAUGCUUUAGCACCUGAUGUGGUUGCUGGUACAUUUUCUCUCUUUGAUGUUACUGUUUAUGCUUUGAUUGACCCGAGGUCAACUCAUUUGUAUAUAUGUACUGCAUUAGUAACAGACAAGAAAAGACCAAUAAAGUCAAUUGAAUUUGUGGCCAAAGUAUCUAAUCUGCUAGGUCAGUAUGUGUUAGUUGAUAAAGAUUUUAAAAAUUUUCCACUAAGAGUUCAGGAUUGCGACUUUCCGGUUGAUUUGAUAUUUUUUCCUCUUAACGAAUUUGAUGUUAUUCUCGACAUGGAUUGGUUGAAUUUGCAUGAUGCAAUUGUGAACUAUAAACGAAAAUAG